AUGGAAGGUAUUGCAAAUAUACGAAUGUAUUAUAACGGUGAGGUUAUAUCGAACACACACGAAGGAGUGACUUUUGUUUGUGAAUGUCCGUUUUCAUUUGCUAUUCUAUAUACCACGAGUUUUGUGGAGUUGCAAAAUGGUAUUUGUGUCAACAUACCAAGUCACAUUUCGAAAAGGGUGAGCUAUAUUUUGUACAGGAGUCCUGUACAAGUAUUUGGUGGGCUGAUACAGUUUCAAAUAAUGGCCAUCACUGACGAUGCAAGCAUGCAGCGGAUGUUCUGUAUUUAUCAACAAACCCGAUUUCAGGUGCCGCUAAUAGAGCUGUACGUUGAGUUUGAACAGCAUACGGGGGUGGAUGAGUUUGACGAGGAGGUCAACAUUAACGAGUUUGGGGAUAUAGGCUGGGAAGAAGAUAACGACGACAGUGAAGAGGAGUUCGAAGCCAACUAUGAAGUCGAUGACGAAAACGAUGACGGAGAUCUGGCCGGCAAUCCGGCGGUGCCAAAUGAAGCGCAUGCUGUUAUAAGCCAGCAGCCGUUUGGUGUUCCAUCUUUUAUGCGAACUCUGGAUCUCGAAGCCAUGCAUGCCCCAGAAUUUCCUGAGUAUGCGAAUAUGGGUGAAGGCAACGCUGCGGCCGAAGAUGGUGAAUUCAGUGUCGGAAUGGAAUUUGGCUCUAGAGAGUCGACAUUCUAUGCGAAAUGCAAGGGUUAUGGUGCCGGGUGCGAUUGGCUUAUCCGAGCUAGUUUGAUUCGAAAGAAAGCUUGUUGGGAGAUCAGGAGAUACAAUGGCAAACACACGUGCACCAUGGGAACUAUCUCGCAAGAUCAUGCCAAGUUGGACUCAGACACAAUUGCAGAUGCCAUUAGGCCGUUGGUCGAAGCAGAUCCGUCCAUAAAGGUGAAGUCUAUUAUUGCAGAAGUUCAGUCAAAGUUCAACUACACUAUCAGUUACCGCAAGGCUUGGUUGGCAAAGCAGAAAUCUGUCGCAAAAGUUUUUGGUGGUUGGGAGGUUUCUUACCAGACUCUGCCAGUUUGGCUGAAAGCAAUGACUGCAAAGAUGCCAAGGUCUCGUGUUCAAAUAAAGACGCUCCCUGUUUACCGUGAGAGUGAGGAGGUUCAAGGUGUAAGAGUUCUUCAUCGCGUUUUUUGGAGCUUCUAUCCGUGUAUAGUAGCAUUCCGACACUGCAAGCCACUGGUGCAGGUUGAUGGCACACACCUGUACGGUAAAUAUAAAGGUGCGCUUCUAGUUGUCGUUGCACAGGACGGGAACCAGAACAUUGUGCCUAUUGCGUUUGCAAUAGUCGAGGGUGAGACGGCAGACGCGUGGGAGUUUUUCCUAAGCAACCUGCGGAGAUAUGUUGUUACCAUCGAUGGCGUCGGCAUUAUUUCUGACCGCCAUAACUCCAUUGACGCAGCAAUAGCUCGCAGCAACGGUGCAUGGUCACCGCCAAGAGCGUGGCACAUGUACUGCAUCAGGCACAUCGGUUCCAACUUCUUAAGGAGGUUCAAGGCUCCGACGGAGCAAGAGUACAACAAAAACUACCAAAGGCUGAGAGAGCGGGGUGAGGCGUAUGCGCAAUGGUGUGAUGAGAUCGGUGUUCAGAGAUGGGUGUUGGCAUUCGACGGAGGUCAUCAUUGGGGACAUAUGACGACAAACUUGGGUGCACACAACAUUCCUGUGACUGCCGUUGUUAGGUAUACUUUCUAUCGGCUGAAUGAAUUGUUUACUCAGAAGAGCGCCGAGGCUCAUGAGCGUGUCCGCAACGGAUUCACGAAUUUGGAAUUUGCCACCAAAAGAGUCGAAGAAAGUUUUCGACGUGCAGGCAACAUUGUGGUCAAUAGGUUCGACAGGCGCAACGAGAUGUUUGAGGUUCGCGAAAUGCAAGAUGGUUCCAUUCACACUGUUAAUCUCGCGCAACGACACUGCGAUUGUGGCCAUUUCCAGGUCGAGCGACUCCCAUGCCGCCACGUCCUUGCAUGUUGCGCCAACCAGCGUCUUGAUUGGCAAAUAUAUGUGCAUGAUGUGUACAAAAUGUCCGAAAUUUGCAAGGUCUACAGAGGCGAGUUUGUCCCGAUGGGUGACCCAUCUACGUGGGCUCCGUAUGAAGGAGCGAAGGUGAUCGCGAAUUGGACAUUGAGGCGCGCGACGAAAGGUAGACCCAAGUCAACCCGCUACUUGAAUGAGAUGGAUUCGCGGGACAUGCGCCGUCCUCGCCGGUGUACUAUUUGUGGACGGGAGGGACAUAGCCAGAGUCGAUGUCCGCAGCGCGCAGAAUCAAGCUCUGCUAGGAAUCAAGCUUGA